CUUGCUGGGCUGCUGGCAUCCGGCACUGCCUGCACCAACAUUUACCAAGGCUUCUCGGAAUGCGUCCUCAAGCUGGGGGAAAACAUGGCUACGUAUGAGGAGGCAGAUGGCAUCGAGCUGCAGGGGCUGCAUCGAGUCUGUGGGUACUGGGAUGAAUUUCACGCGUGUGCCCUGACAGCGCUCUGGGAGUGCCAGAAGGAAGCAGCAGCCAUCUGGGAGAUGCUGAGAAGGGAGUCUCGGAAAAUCAAAUUUCAAGGCAGCUUGUUUGACCUCUGCAGCCCCAGCACAGCCCAAAGCUUUGCUUGGACCCGUGUUCCAAAUGUUUCCAUCCUUGGCAUCCCCCUCAUGGUUACUUGGCUGAACUUAUAA